AUGAUGAAGCGCAGGCUCUUUUCCGUCCUCGCUGGGCCAUUCAUCGCGCUCUGCAGCGUUCUAGCUGCAAUGUCGGAUCUUGACCGGCAAAACUGGCACAAAGCUACAGCCCUCUACAUGGAGCAUUACCCCAAACAAGCCGUCACUUCCCAUCGAACCACGCUCGAUUCUUACAGGCACAUCGACAACCUAGAGCUCAAAGCGCUGGCUCACGCACGAUCUAGCGGCGUGAUCCCAAUAGCAAACGUGCAGCACAGAACUUACUUUUCCAGCAUCAUCAAGCCAAACAAUGACCUUCACGGCGAGAUGAGAUUGGACGGGAAGGAUGCUUUUGCGUUCUGGAAGCACGAAGGCCACACUUUUGAACUGCUUCACGUUGAUACUGUAGACUCGUCCGAGGUAAAGUGGCCUUUGCAGCCGCUAGGGGAGCCGAUUAGGCGAUCCGCAUGA